AUUUAUUGGUUAAAAAACUAAUCCCCUCUUUCCUGCUCUCUCCUUUUUUAUCAUCUUCACUUUUAAGGCUUAAGCCCAUUCCUUUCCUUUCCUUCCUAUAACCACCGAUCCGAACCUUCUCUUUCCUUCCCCUCUCUCUCUCCUUUACCUUCUUCCUGCGUUUCGGAUUUCCAGAAUCUAUAUCUGAUCCCGGCGAGCUCGACGUCGAAGGGAGGCGCCCGCCGAGAGAUUCGCAGGGAGGAGAAGGAGUGUCCUGUAAUCUAGGGCUCAUUAAUUUAUUCGGUCGUUCCUUUUCCCGGUGAAAGCCCGUCCGUCGCUGUUUCAAAUUCUUACUCCCCUCCGGCAGCGCUCCUUUUUGUUUUUUGUUUAACCUGUUGAGUGGGGAGUUUUUUGGCCUGUAUUCGAAUUCAAUUUAAAUGGCAACCAGUUUUGACCGAUGGGAGAAGGAUCCAUUCUUCCCUGCCGCUGAGGAAGUUCAGGAGUCCGCCGACAGGAUGGAAUCGACCUACAGAACAUGGCUUCAUGCCAAGAAACACAGUUCUACUAUGUGGGACGCAGAGGAACUCCGCCGGGAUUUACAUACAACCCUAGGCACCACCAAAUGGCAGCUGGAGGAGUUUGCUAAGGCUGUGAAAUCGACUUACGUUAAUAGCUCUACUGAUGGUGCUAGAGAAAGACAUAGUCAAUUCAUUAUUGCGAUUGAGGACCAAAUUUCUAGAGUAGAGACGUCACUGAAGGAAUCCGCCAAUUCAGUAGGGGAUGCAUCGUUACCUUGGGUGAGCUUGGAUGAAGGCGAGCGAAAUGAACUUGCAGCAUUUCUCUCAGGGCCACCUCCAAUAAGUGGAGAAAACAGUUCUAUGAAAAGUGAUAGGAGCGAUAAGACUGUUGAAGAAGCAAUGCCCGAUGAUUGUUCGAAGGAGGCUAGUCAUUCCGUUGAGUGUGCUUAUCCAGAGACCAAAGAAGAGAUGUCUUAUGGCCACAGAAGGUCAGUUAGCGCAGGUGCUGAUAUGGGUGCUUGGAAGAUUCCGAUUGGUGUAGAUGGGGUCCAACAGGAUUCGUUUAAGGCAGAGUCCCAGCAACCUCCCAGAAAGAUACCUAGUCUAUCUGUGAUUGUUAGUUCCAUUGAAUCUAUGCCCAAACUGAAAUGGCCAAAGAAUGGUGUUAGGAAGUGGAAGGCAAUGGAUCGUUAUGAAGAAUCUGAUUCUAUUCCAUUGCAUUCUUCACAUUUAACUAGGGGUAUUAAUUCAUGCUACGAGAAAAGCAAGAGCUGUCUGGAAGGCUGUGAUGAAUAUUACGAUAAGCCGCUUUAUGGCUGGUAUGGUGCAUUACAGAGACAACUUCAAAGAUCUCAAUAUCAGAUGCAAUAUGGUCGACCCAUUCAAUCAGUUUUGUGGCUUUUCAUUCUCUUCUGCUUUAUUGGUGAGUGCACUCAAGACUUUCUCAUGUUAUUUCGUCUGUUCUUGAUUUGUUUUGCAAUGUUUGAUUGCAUUCUGUGCACUAUAAGACCCUUAACAACAUUCUACAACAGAUGGGUGAAGAACUGGAAAAUGAGGGGGGUGUAACAGAAGGGGAGGAUUCUGAUGUGAAGACGAAGGAGUCGACGACGGCGUCAGAUUAGAGAGGUGACUAGUUACAGUUAUUAGCUAUAGGGUUAUCUAUCUGUGACUUGUUUGUAUCCAUAUAUGAAUAUGUCGUGUCAGACAGUCCCCAGCCUGCCAAAUUUGUCGCUUUUCUCAUGUACACCCAUGUCUCGUCUAUUUUGAUGAGGAGCUGUCGGUCUUUGUAUUGUUGUAUAAAGAAGAAACACAGGCCAGGAAAUGCAGUGGAGAAGGUUUGACUAUUUUGGCAAAGGAGAUUAUAUACUCGAAAAGUUAUAACCACCAGUUGGUGUGUGUGUGUGUGUUGUGUAGAUAAGCAUAUCUUUCUGUUUCUGGGUAGUUGGCUGCUAAGAAUGAGUUGAUGAGUUGGGCGACCAAAGCCAGAUGGGGUCUUAAUGUAAUGAGUAAUGACCAAUAGUGGUAGCCGUUUGGCUGGUUGGGUGGUACAGCUGCUAUGCAAUGCGAAGCAAGCUAAACGAACAUGUAUCAUGAGUGAAUAUGGAGGGGUUGGAGAAAGGAUAUGGGUACACUAGUUGCUAUGCAAUUAACUUGCUUACAAAUGGCUCGAUGCUUGGUUCAGAAAAAGUUCGACUCAGUAUUUAAUGAGCUCGAUCAUUAG